AUGUACCUGCCAUCAACGUCGUACACAGGACCUUCAACUACAAUUAACAGCGGCGCGGGGACAUCUACUGCGGGGAGCUCUGAGCGCACGGAAGACGCGUUCCACCAGCCAGCCAACACUCAUGCCACAAACAAUGCCGAUUCAGUGUCGGAAAUGGCAAUCGUGCGAGCAAUAUCGACAAGCACAGAUGUGCACACCAGCACAAGCAACACUCAAGCAGGUGAAACAGCCGCCGAUACUGAAGUGAAUGAUGAAACCGAUGACGAACCACAAGGGGAUGAAGAUGGUGGGCAAUCAGAAAUCAUGGUACCCCAGCCACCGUAUCUUGGGCAGAGAUUUGAUUCAUUUGCAGAUGCAAAGGAAUUCUACCAGACAUAUGCAAAGUUCCAUGGGUUUGCGGUCAACACCGAAUACCAUAGGAAAAUUAAAAAAACUAACGAGUACAGCAGAGGUGAGAUGAGGUGCUACAAGUGGGUGGUCACUGAAUAUUUUGACGACUACAACCACGAGCUAAUAAAGAAGUUUGACCUGGUAAAAUUUCUGACCGCCCACAGAGGAUUCACCCCCCUCGAGAAGAAAUUCAUAAAGCUGCUACAUGAUUGUAACGUCGGUCCAUCAAGAAUGGUGCAGAUACUCUCCCUCAUCCACAGCAAAAAUGGGUCUCUGAGUAGCAUGCCCUACCUACCAGUAGACGUCACAAACCUAAAGGCAAAGUACCGUAGAGAAAGCAAGUUGGCUGACAUAGAAGCCAUGAUAGCCUACUUCGAUGAGAAAGCGAAAGAAGAUCAAGAUUUCUUCUACAGGAUAAGAUUGGACGAUGAGGACCGUGUCAGGAACAUGUAUUGGGUGGAUGGUGCUGCAAGAAGAGCCUACAAACAUUUCCGAGACUGCAUUUCUUUCGACGCGACAUAUCUCACUAAUAUGUACAAGAUGCCAUGCGCUCCAUUCAUAGGAAUAAAUAACCACAAUCAGUCAUUGCAGUUCGGAUGCGGGCUCGUUCGGAACGAAGACACAGAUGGGCAUAGAGGAGGUCUUUCCGUUGGCAGUGCACAUGCGCACUGCAGGUGGCACAUUAUAAAGAAGGCUGAGGAGACACUAGGACCGUUCUUUGCUGACCGUCCAGACCUGCACAAGGCAUUCGAGCUGUGCGUGGACCACAGCUUGACGGUGGAGGAGUUUGAAAGGAGCUGGAUGGCUAUGAUUGAAACAUAUCAAGUCCAAGACCACGAGACGCUUGCUAGCUUGUGGGAGAAGCGAAUGUACUGGGUGUCGGCCUACUUCAUGCAGUGCUUCUUCCCGUUUCUGCAGACUACACAGCGCAGUGAGGGGUUCAAUGCUAUUUUGAAGCGGUACGUGAGCCCUGGCAACUCAUUACUACAGUUUGCCAAGCAGUACACCGCUUUGCAACAAAAAAUACUGGGAUCCGAGCUACAUCAAGAAGCAAACACCACGCUCAAUCAGCCAAAAUUGCUAACGUAUUUACCAAUGGAGAGGCAGAUGAGCAAGAUAUACACCAACACGAUUUUUAACAAGUAA